AACAAUACCAGAAAGUGUAAUUGAGGUCAAUAAAUAAAAAUUAAUUUUAUGUGAAAGAUAUCAUGUUUAUUGAGAAGGAUAUUUAUAGUACAGCGUCCAAUAAUCAUAUAAUAAAAGAGAAUAAUAUAAAUAGUAACAAAUACAUGAAACAAUAAAGAAAACAAAGAUAUGCAAUUAGAUUGAUGAUGCAUAACGUAUAAGAAUAGAAGCCUAAAUGAAAAGAUAGAAGCGUAAGAUGAAACAUAGAAAUCAAUUUUUUUUAAUUCUUUAACAUCAAACAAAGCCAGAGAGAAAAAGAGAAGUGUGAUUUCUUUAGAUAAUAAGUAAUAAACAAUAUAAUAUAAAUAAGUUGUAAAAUUAAGGUGAUAAAUACGCGUAGAAAAAUGGACAAUAAUUGA